AUGAGUACCAACAACAACAACAACAACAACAACAACAAUGCACACGACUCCGUGUCUAAGCAAAUGGAUGUCGAAACCGACAUUGUCACGUUGACGAGAUUCAUCUUGCAAGAACAACAGAAAUUGGCACCCAACGCCACUGGCGAAUUGAGUUUAUUAUUGAACUCGUUGCAAUUUGCAUUCAAGUUUAUUGCUCACAACAUUAGAAGAGCAGAAUUGGUCAACUUGCUCGGUGUUUCCGGUACCGCAAACACCACUGGUGAUGUCCAAAAGAAACUUGAUGUGAUUGGUGAUGAAAUCUUUAUCAAUGCCAUGAAAAGCUCAGGUAAUGUAAAGGUGCUCGUUUCGGAAGAACAGGAGGACUUGAUCAUAUUCCCGGGAGGCGGUCGUUAUGCUGUUUGCACCGACCCUAUUGAUGGUUCAUCCAAUAUCGAUGCUGGUGUUUCAGUCGGUACCAUUUUCGGUGUUUAUAGAAUUGCCGACAACUCAGAUGGAUCAAUCAGCGAUGUUCUCAGAAAGGGUACUGAGUUGGUUUGUGCUGGUUACACAAUGUAUGGUGCUUCGGCCCACUUGAUGUUGACUACUGGUAAUGGGGUCAAUGGAUUCACAUUGGAUACCCAAUUGGGUGAGUUUAUCCUCACACAACCAAACUUGCGUAUUCCUGAUAGUAGAGCCAUCUACUCGGUCAAUGAAGGUAACUCUUACUACUGGCCAGAAUACGUCAAGAAGUACUUUGAAGAUUUGAAGAAGCCUCAAGAGAAUGGAAAGCCAUACUCGGCAAGAUACAUUGGGUCAAUGGUGGCUGAUAUUCAUAGAACCUUGUUGUACGGAGGUAUUUUCGCUUACCCAGGAGACAGCAAGUCAAAGAAUGGUAAGUUGAGAAUUCUUUAUGAAGGUUUCCCCAUGGCUAUGUUGUUGGAACAAGCUGGUGGUAAGGCCGUUAAUGAUAGAGGUGAGAGAAUUUUGGAGAUUUUGCCAAAGGGUAUUCAUGACAAGUCGAGUAUCUGGUUGGGAUCAAAGAAUGAAAUUGAAAAGUUUGAAUCUUAUAUUCCAAAGUAA